AUGAAAGAGAUUCGUGAGGCAUUUUUCCUCUUAUCACUUUUCGGAGCCUUUGCUCAAGAAUGCCCAGACGCGGAUCUUGGAGAAGACUGCAAAGACAUAUGCCGAGUAGAAUUUACUCGUUGUCGACUUCUUUGUGAGAGUGAUUACUGUCUCUCGAUCUGCGAGCGCGAAUAUGAAAUUCGUAAAAACGCUUGUCCGUGCGAGAUUGACUGCCCUCUUGGGUGCGAAUCUUGCGAGAAUAAAAUUUGUCCGGAAAUCAUCAUCGACCCCUGCGCUGAUCUAGAAAACUGCGAAACCUUCGUCGACAAUCGUCAAAUCAGUCCUUCCUUCAACAACACUAUUGCGGAGAUAUAUGGCGAGAAGAGAUUUCGAAUCUCCGCAGAAGUGUAUUGCAAUGAGAUUCCGGGAUUCGAUGAGUCCGAUCAGAGUACCAAAAGCUGGCGCAAUAUUGUCCAUGUGAACACUGGUCAAAAUCAUGCUGUUCCCGGCGACAGAUAUUUUGCGCUUUUCCUUCACUUGAAUGGUACAAUGAAGAUCGUUGGACCCUUGAAAGAAGGAUAUCAGAACAUGGCUGCGUUUUGGACAACAGGAUGUACAACUGAAGAGUGGAAUACUUAUGGCGUUCAGCAAAUUGAGAAGAACGGAACUCUCGAAUUGUCACUUUCUAUCGAUGAUGAAGUCCUUGGUACUUUUGAUGUUGAGCCAAAAGAUGCAUUUUCCGGAAAAUUAUUUGUAAAUGUUGCGAAUAAGUACCACAGUCCUGCUGACUUUUUCCCCGUCCGAAACUUCUACCACCAAACUUUUCAAUAA